AAAAGAUACCCUCGAUAGUAUAUAACAAGACAGGUACUUAUACAAAAGGAUUAAGCGAAUGGAACAGUUUACGUCCUCGAACACUCGUCCAAGCCGGGACGUUGUGGAAAAUGACAACUUAAACCUCAUUACUACGGACAACCGGUCAAAACCACAGGCCACAUCCAACGAUAUUCGAGUUCGGGGCACUCUACCGUUAAACCCCAUUAUUUUCAGGUUCGGUUUCGUUAUUCGGGCAUAUGCCAGUCUGACAAGUCUUGCAUCGAGAUGGCUAACCUCAUCUCGAUGCCAGCCAGGCCCCCCUGCCCACGUCCUCAUCGACGUCGGGAUGAGCAACCAAAUACAUCGGUGGACGCCGGGGUCUGUGCUCACGUACAAUGUCGACCAGGGCAGCUUUCCCAACGACUUCACUGCGGAAUACGCCCGUAACAGUCUCAAGGGGGCAGCUACAGAAUGGAACAAAGGUGAUAUUGGCGUGCGAUUCCAGGACGUUCCCGACGACCAGCGGGCCUUGUUCCGCCUUACAUACACGAGUUAUGAUCGUAGACAUCCUAACGCCUUAGCUGCCACCUUCUUACCGCGCGUUCUAGGGGACCAGCGGCUAUUCGUGUAUCAAGCCUGUUUCGGAGAGUCGUGCAUAGAGCAUAUGACCAUUGCCUUUUGCCACGAGCUCGGACACAUCAUCGGGCUGCUGCACGAGUCCGCACAAGACGACGGGCCGCAUAGGCCGUCGUAUCUGCUUGGCCGGCGCAACAACACGUCGGUCAUGGCCCGUUACCUAAACAUACAUCUAUACCGCAUCCCCGAGGAGGACUACGCCGGCGCGAGACGUUUCUACAGCGCUCGUUCUGACGAAUUCCAUGGAUACAGAAUCGUAGACAAAAACCCAAAGGUCUUUGAGAAGCUAUGGGGAACUAGAAGUCAAACCAUAUUUGGGAGAUGUAUAUCCUACAUGAUUGGGUACGAAGUUCCUUGGAGAAUAUAAUUGACCUUUACGUGUAUUUUGACGGCUCGUUGGACGGCUGAGAGAUAUCUAUAGAAACAGUAUGAUCAAUAUAUUGUCGCGACACUUGUCUGCGAUCGGUUUUACAGCCGUUAGGACAUAUACGUUAGAUAGUAAUGAUAUCGUAUUUUAUCUUCCCCUUCUCCUAUUCCCUUCCUACCUUCUCAACACUCGAUCCCAAAGACGUGAAUUGCACAUCAAGUAAACUACCCCCCGCAGUGAAGUCACAAACACCAUCCAAAGACGUCUAGGUAUAUGUUUAUCUACCGCCACGCCG